AUGUUAGACCACGAUUGUAGAAGCUUGGAGAAGCUAGAGACCAAGCAGACAGAAAGCACCUCAGUUACAGCACCGUACUCGUUGCGUGUGCUGUUCAGUCAGGAGCUGGUCCUGUCACAAGAACCUAGCCGAUGUAACAAGUCUAUCUUACCUAAGGCACGGGCACUUAUUGCUAUGCAAAGGGAUCUUUACUCGUGCAUGUACCAGAUGGCAUCCUCCUCCAAUAGUUUGGGUGCUUAUCCUCUGUCCUCAAUGUUGUGUUCAGAUGCGUCGGGUUGUGCCACCAGGUCCACGCAGCCGAUAGGCCUACAAUGUGGCAUAUUUAUCCACAUCACUGAUGAUAGUAGCUCAGCAUUACACCACUAG